AUGGACGACGAUGAUUUUCGCUUCAUGGAUUUUAAAGCACUUUUAUUAUCCAUUGUUAUUUCAGAAAUUAUUAAAAACCUGAUUGUAAAAGACAUUUCACCUGGCAUGCCUGAGGCAAUUGAUCGACUCUUCAUGGACAUAGCAAAUAUCAACAGGGAAUCUAUGGCUGACAUACAGGAUACUCAGAUUGAAGAAAUGGCAGUAAACCUGUGGAACUGGGCAGUUACCAGAAAUGUCGGCUUGCUUAUAAGUAAAGAGCAGAAAGCUAAAUUACGACAUGUUGCUUGCAAGUUGCUGUGUAUGUGUGAUGACACAGCUGCCACAGAAGAAGUUAUUCACAGACGGAUUUUGAUGACUAUGAAAACAGGCAAAGGGUGGGUGGAUGUUGGAAAUGCUGUGAUGGCUGAUGAGUUUUUUCAAGCUGCCUUGACUGGUCUGGAGCAAUUAUAUGCCAAAAUUAUGGAGAGGAGCUGCAGUGAGACCCAACUGACUAUGCAGAAGCUGGCUGUGGAGAGGAAUCUUUUCAAAGUGUAUUCUUACCAGGCAGAAUCAGCGAUUGCUCAAGACGAUUUUCAAAGAGCGUCUACAUGUGCAAUGCGCUGCAAAGAUAUGUUGGCGAGGCUCCCUAAAAUGGCUGAAUAUCUUCAUAUUCUCUGUUACAACUUUGGAGUAGAAAACCACAUGCUGAAUAAAUAUGAAGAAAGUUGCUACUGGCUUAGCCAAAGCUAUGAUAUUGGGAAGACAAAUAAGAACUCUGUUGACCCAGAAAUGCUGGCUAAAGUUCUGCGCUUACUAGCCACUGUUUAUAUGCAUUGGGAUGACAGAGAAUAUCAUGAUAAGGCUCUCAGCGCUGUAAACCUAGCAAACAAGGAACAUUUAAACCCAGCUGGGAUUUUCUUGAAGAUAAAAAUCCUUUUGAAGGGCGAAACAUCUAAUGAAGAACUCCUUGAAGUUCUCAUGGAAAUACUACAUCUUAACAUGUCUUUAGAUUUCUGUCUGAGCAUUACUAAACUGCUGAUGGAUAAUGAAAGAGAAUUGGUUGGAUUUCAUUUCCUGAAGAUUAUUUCUGACCAUUUUAAGUCACCAGAAAAUAUGGGAAGAGCUUUAGUGGUCCACAUUGACAUACUUUUACAAAGGAAGGAAGAACUGUUUGCCCAGGAGAAGAUUGAAGAAGUCAUUAGAGGUCAGCAAACAGGAAGACCACUGGCAACAGAAUUAGUAGGCUAUUUACACAACAUUCUGUGGAAAAAAGCUUCCAAAAGUUUUGAGGCACACAAUUAUACCGAUGCCCUAUGCUGGUACUAUUAUUCUCUGAGACUUUAUGAAUCUGGUAAAAUGGAUAUGGAAUUCUCCAAGCUGAAGAGGAACAUGGCUUCCUGUUACCUGCAUUUGAAUCAACUUGAUAAGGCUAAAGAAGCCGUGGCAGAAGCUGAACAACUUGAUCCUGGAAAUACUUUCACUCAAUUUUAUCUAUUCAAGAUUGCAGUCUUAGAAGGCAACUCUGACAAAGCUCUGCAGACAAUUGCCAUUUUGGAGAAUUUAUUAACAACUGAAACAGCAGAAGGGAAUGACCCAAUUAGAGAUACAAUUUCACCUGCCACGCUUUUCGGUUUAGCUGCCCAGUUUGCUCUUGAGAAUGGACAGCAACUUGCUGGAGAAAAAGCUUUGGAAUAUUUGGCUAAAUAUUCAGAAGACACAGAACAAAUCAUUACUGCUUUAAAGUGUUUGUUUCGUCUUCUUGUUCCAAAAGUUUCUGAAAUGCCAGAAUCUGAAAACAAAAAGAAAGAAACGGAUAGACUUUUGGUUUGCUUGAAUAGAGUACACCUGAAAUUUUCUCAGACUUUGUUUGGAAAAGACUCGACUUCAGCCUCAUGGAUUAAUGAAGCUCAUUGGUUUAGAAAAAUAGCUUGGAACUUGGCUGUGCAAUCUCACAGAGAGCCAGUGACAAUGAGAGAGUUUUUCAUUCUUUCUUAUAAGAUGUCCCAGUUUUGUCCUUCUGAUCAAGCAAUUCUGAUUGCACAGAAAACAUGUUUGCUGAUGGCAGCUUCAGUUGAUCUGCAGCAAGGGAAAAAAGCCGCAACUCCUUCUGAACAGAUGAAAUUCCUGAAUCGUGCACUUGAGCAGAUCCAUAAAUGCAGAGACAUCUGGAAUGUCCUGAAAGAAACAGGGGACUUCUCCAACGACCCUUGUGAGAUCUUGCUUAUACUGUAUGAGUUUGAAGUUAAAGCCAAAAAGAAUGAUCCGUUGCUGGACAACUUCCUGGAUUCAAUGUGGCACCUGAUUCAUUUUGAAAGUAAAGCAUUAGAAACAAUUGCAACAUUAGCAAUGGAAAUGCCUGCAUACUAUCCUUCCAUUGCCCUAAAGGCCUUAAAAGGGGCUUUAUUGCUUCACAAGAGGAAAGAAUCAUUUGAUGUCAUGAAAUACAGCCACUGUCUGCACAACUUGAUUAACCUCUUAGUGCCAGGUGGGGUGCCAAGUGCAGAGCUCUGUCCCCUGGAAGAAGUUUGCGGCUAUUUCGAAGAUGGCUUGAAUCUUAUUUGCCACACCGAAGGCUACCCGGAAGUGGAGAUUCUCUGGCUGAUGAUGAUGUCCUGGAAUAUUGGAAUAUACAUGUAUGGCAGGAAAAAGUACGUGGCUACUGAAAAAUGGUGUGGCCUGUCAGUGCGUUUUCUUGACCACCUUGGCUCCCUCAGAAGCAUCUAUGAAACUCAGGUGAAUGUUCUGUACAGUGAGCUGGUGGACACACUGAAUAAGAACAAGAGCUCCGUUUUCCGUGAGGAGUGA